AUGGCUAUUGGAGUAGACUAUGGCUACCUCGAAGAACUGCAGAAGAGUAGCUGGUGGCCUCUUCACCUGACGUUUGAAAAGAACGGCGCGCGCAGCUAUGUUUUUAAAGGCGAGUAUGGCGUCUUUUUCAGAAAGCGUUUCUACAUGCUAGAUACCGGCAAUGGAAUCGACUAA